UCAGCCAAUGGCUAAGGCCGAAGCUUUCUCAGACGGAGCUAGCCGUCGGCAGCCAUGAUUGGAGUGGAGGAAACAACUGGCUCUUACAAGUUUUCACACACUAAGAAAAAGGAACCCCAAAAGACAGUGAUCUCAGCUCUGUCGUUGAUGGAGAUACGUUUUUCUUUCUCUUGGUGGAAUUGAAAAUGAUAAUAUUGUGAUUUUUUACUUUUGGACGAAGGGAAACAUGCGGUCGAGGUCAAGACGCCUGUGGGAUGCAAUCCCGUUUGCAGGAAUGAUGAUGGUGGAAUGCUCAAGCGUAGGCUUAAUCACACUAAGCAAAGCGUCCAUGUUAAGAGGGAUGAGUAAUUUCAUCUUCGUCAUGUACUCUUAUGCUCUCGCCACUCUCCUCCUCCUCCCUUCUGCCUUCUUCUGCCGCAGAGCAACGCUGCCCCCAAUCACUGUCUCUCUCCUAUGUAGAUUGUUUCUACUCGGCCUAAUUGGUUAUCUUGUGCAGGUCUUUGCAUAUACUGGUAUCAAUUACAGUUCUCCUACUCUUGCCUCGGCAAUGAGCAACCUUAUACCAGCUUUUACCUUCAUCCUUGCCAUCAUUUUCAGGAUGGAAAAGUUGGAUUUGAGAAGCUCAAACAGUCAGGCCAAAUCAUUAGGUACUUUGGUAUCAAUUGCAGGGGCGUUUGUAGUGACUCUCUACAAGGGCCCCUCAAUCUUGACGACCCCGUCACCUUCUGAUUCACCUCAUCUUCAUCUUUUCUUGCCAAAUUCAAACUGGGUCAUUGGAGGCCUUUUUGUUGCAGCUGAUUGCUUGUUGAGCGCACUCUGGUAUAUUUUCCAGGCAUCAAUUGUUAAGGAAUAUCCUCAAGAAUUUACCCUGAUUUUUUUCUAUUCCUUCUUUGCAACCAUUCAAUCUGCAAUCGUCUGUCUACUUGUGGAAAGAGAACCAAGCAAAUGGAGAUUAAGGCUUGAUUUGGAGUUGUUUACCAUUGUAUAUUCGGCAGUUUUUGGGUUUGGAUUCAGCGUUGGCGUUCAGACAUGGUGCUUGCGCAAGAAAGGGCCCUUCUUUGUUGCCAUGUUCAGGCCCUUGGGUAUAGUUAUUGCAGUUGUUUUGGGUAUCAUAUUCCUUGGGGAUAUUCUCCACAUAGGAAGUGUGAUCGGAUCAGUAAUAAUUGCUCUUGGGUUCUAUGCUGUGAUGUGGGGGAAAGCCCAAGAAGAUAAAUUGGUCGAUGGUGAAUUUAGUAGCUUGGAGCCUUCAAACCAAAGUGCCCCUCUAUUACUUUAAAGUAAUAGAAUAGAUGAAAUACCUAUAUAUGAGAUUGACGAAAUGUAGAGGUCUAAUAUGAGCUUGUAAAGUGGAAUGCUACAUUACAAUUAACUAGGUUGUCUACUGUAAAUGACAUGGCUGUUUUUCAUCAUGGUUGAUUACAUGGUCGAGGCACAAUGGGGUCUUCCAUAUGCCUGCUUAUCCA